AUGGCCGGUUUAGCAGCCUGUGCAAUUCUCGGCGGCCUCAUCUGGCUGGCCAUCCGUAGUAUUUAUCGACUCUAUUUCCAUCCACUCAGCCGGUUUCCCGGCCCCAAGUUGGCCGCCAUCACAAGCGGAUACGAGUGCUACUUCAACGUCGUCAAAAAAGGGUCCUUUGUCUGGGAGCUCGAGCGUCUACAUGAAAUCUACGGCCCCAUCAUCCGCAUAACCCCACGGGAAAUCCACAUCAAAGACUCAGACUACUACGACGAAAUAUACGCCGGCGCAGCACGUAAACGUGAAAAGGACGGUCCAGCCGUCCGCCAAUUCGACGUAGAUGGCAGCGUCUUUGCCGCAAUCUCGGCAGAAGUCCACCGCGAACGCCGCGCAUCGCUGAACCCAUCCUUCUCGAAGCAAGCAAUAAGCCAGAAUGAGACCGACAUCAAGAAACGCCUCGACCAAUUCUACCGCCAUCUUUCAAAGGCGUGUCAGACAGGUCGGACUAUCUCGUUAGACGCGGGGUUCUCGGCGCUAACCACGGAUAUAAUUCUUCACUAUGUGUUCGGGUUUGAGAGUGGGAAUUUGGAACAGGAGGAUUUCAAUGAGCAUAUUCGGGACGGGAUCAUUCAGCUGUUUACUUCGGCUCAUGUUGCUUAUUUCUUUCCUUUUGUCCCUGCGAUUAUGAAGUCGUUGCCGCUUGCGUUGGUUCGAGUGAUGAAUCCCUUUGCGGUUGCGCUGACGCUUCAGAAGGAUGAUUUGAGGCAGCGUGUUAGGAAAUUUCUUUCCGGACAUCACUCGGAGAAUGGCUGUGUUAUGGAAAAACUUUGCUCGCCAGCUAUGCCACCGCAUAUGUUGGAUGUGGAGCGAUUGACUGAUGAAGGAUUCACGAUGGCGAUUGCUGGUACCGAGACGACUGCUCGGUCUCUUUCACUUGGGGCUUUUCAUAUUUACACCAAUGAGAGGGUUAAGAACAAGCUUCGGGAGGAGCUGAGAACGAUAAUGCCGACGCCGGAGUCGUGUCCGUCUUGGAACGAACUUGAGCAACUGCCGUAUCUUUCUGGGGUUGUUUAUGAGGCUCUGCGCGUUUCGACGGGGAUUUCUACUCGAUCGCCUCGGAUUGCGCCGACGGAGACGCUGGUGUAUAAUGAUUAUCAAAUCCCGCCUGGUACACUGGUCAGCGAAACACACUUCUUCGUCUUGAAUGACCCUGACAUCUUCCCCGACCCUGAGGUCUUCGAGCCUGAAAGGUGGAUGCGCGCUACAGCCAAGGGUGAACACCUUGGUCGCUACCUGGUGAAUUUCUCAAAGGGCUCACGAAAUUGUUUGGGAAUCAAUUUAGCCUACGCGGAGUUGUUUAUGACAAUUGCAACGCUCGUCCGAAGGUUCGAUUUGGAGAUAGAUGAGAGCUCGAAGAAGCAACUCAUGUUUGUGCGAGACUUUGGAAACCCAUAUCCUGAUGAGGGUGUUCUUAGUCUGCCUGUUAAAGUCACGGCUAGUAUUGAUUGA